AUGAUGAACAGCAUCCCUUACGUAAUAUGUUAUAUUUGUGGUAGAAAAUACGGUAGUGCAUCAAUUAAGAUUCAUGAACCACAAUGUUUGAAAAAAUGGCAAUCAGAUAAUGCUGCUUUACCUCCAGAGCAACGUCGAAAAACCCCAGUCAAACCAGUUGAAAGAGCCUUGCCAACAUCAGGGCAAAAAAUAUCUCGAUCUGAAUGGGAAGCUUCUAAUGAGGGUGCUUGGAAAUCGGCACAAGCUCAACUAGUACCCUGUCCUCAUUGUGGGCGUACAUUUUUACCCGAUAGACUGCAAGUCCAUUUAAGAUCUUGUAAGCCUAAACAUUAA